AAAUUAGUCCUAACUUUUUUUUUUUCUGUUCGUGACUUACAGGAGACACCCGGUUUAGUCUUCGAGCAGUGUUUAAGGGCUAAAGAAAAAUCGCCGUUAGCAGUUUUCUUUUUCACUCUUUUUCUUUUUUCGAGGAACCGAGCUGUUCCCUGCGAGGGCCGCCUCCUCAGGACGACCCCCCAGCUCUCCGAGGCGGAAGGCAGCGCCGCUUCGGGAACGCGGGCCGUCCCCUCCCAGUCCCUCGGUGGGUUCCGGCGUCCCGGGCGCAGCUGUUUUCCGGGAAGCGGAGGCGCGCUGGGCCUCUGGGAGCUGCGGUCGGCGGGCGUACGCAGGGAAUCAUGGAAGCUGACAAAGACAAUAUACAACAAGUUCUUAAGGAGCAUUGGCCAGAUGAAUUUAUGAAAGACGAACAAAACAAGGGAUUAAUUGAUGAAAUUACAAAGAAAAAUAUUCAACUGAAGAAGGAGAUCCAAAAGCUUGAAACUGAGUUACAAGAGGCUACCAGAGAAUUCCAGAUUAAAGAGGAUAUUCCUGAAACAAAGAUGAAAUUCAUUUCAGUUGAAAUUCCUGAGAAUGACAGCCAGUUUCAAAAUAUCUCCUGUUCAUUUCAAGUGAGCUCGAAAGUUCCUUAUGAACUACAAAAAGGACAAGCACUUAUCACCUUUGAAAAAGAAGAAGUUGCCCAAAAUGUGAUAAGAAUGAGUAAACACCAUGUGCAGAUAGAAGACGUAAACGUGGAGGUUACAGCCAAGCCAGUUCCACUAAACUCAGUCGUCAGAUUCCAGGUUUUUGUAGAAAUUUCUAAAAUGAAAAUCAAUGUUACUGAAAUUCCUGGCACAUUGCCUGAAGAUCAGAUGAGAGACAAACUAGAGUUGAGUUUUUCUAAGUCCCGGAACGGAGGCGGAGAGGUGGACAGCGUGGACUACGACAGACAGUCCGGGAGCGCCGUCAUCACGUUUGUGGAGACUGGAGUUGCUGACAAGAUUUUGAAAAAGAAAGAAUAUCCUCUUUAUAUAAAUGAAACCUGCCGUAGAGUUACUGUUUCUCCAUACACAGAAAUGUACUUGAAAAAGUAUCAGAUAUUUUCAGGAAUAUCUAAAAGGACAGUGCUUCUGACUGGAAUGGAAGACGUUCAAAUGGAUGAAGAGAUUGUGGAGGAUUCAAUUAGCGUUCACUUUCAACGGGCAAAGAAUGGAGGUGGAGAAGUAGAUGUGGUCAAGUGUUCUCUAGGUCAACCUCACAUAGCUUACUUUGAAGAAUAGAAUCAGAAUCAUAGCAGAAUCAUGAAAACUAUAGCUUUUUAACUCUGAUUACUGCAAAUGUUUGACAAAAAAAUGUGCUUUUCCUUAAAAAAAUAAAAACCUUUAUUUUUAGCAUCCAUUUAUUUUUAGAUACAAAAUUUAUUUCCGUGUUUCUGAAUCUUCUUUGUUUCCAAUGGAGCUGCAUGUUUUCAACUACAAUAAACGCACUGUAAUAAAGUUUUGCUUACAGAUUA